CUAUGUAAAAAAAAAAUAGUUGUGUAAGUCUCUCUGGAUAUGGAUGCUUUGCUCUAGUGUCAAAUUGAGCACCCUCACUUGGAUCAUUUUAUCAGUUAGGAUAUCACAACUUAAUUACAUGCAAGGCAAUCAAACGAAUUAAAUUACAAGUAUAUUUUACUGUAGCCAUGUUAAGGUAAUAUAACAUUCACAUUUCAGUUUAUAAGUGUCAGGGCAGUGUGGUGGGCAUCACUGAUGAGAAAUUCGGUUGAUUACAGGUACAAAUAAUCCUGGUUAAACUAAUGACUGAAGGGCUGGACUUGCACGUUUUGUAUUUGGAUGGUAUAUUCUUAAAUGUUUCAACUUCAGCAGUCUAGCUAGCAAAAUGUACAAAGGAAUUUCCUGUUUUUAAAAAAUAUAGAAAUCGCAUAUAUUAUUCUGUCGGUGCAUGGUACAGCUAGGUUCGUACUUUUGCGAUUAUCCCUAAAGUUAAAAAGAAAGAAAGAAAAAAAAAAAACCUUUGGCAGAUUUAGGAUUCACGGUGAUUUAAAAAACGGUGACACGUCAGCGAGUGCAGUGUGGAAGUUAACGUUAUCGUACAACCACAUUUUGUUUUAAUAUUACAUAUUCAGAGUGUGCACCGAUUAUUAAUUGUGACAGUCAGAAGAUUAUGUAUUUUAACGCUCCUCCCUCCGUUGUUCUUGUCAUUGUUGCUUUGUUAUUGCAAGAGAAUACCACAGGAUGGCGUUGUGAGAUUUAGGUCUUGGUUGCUAGCUACUGUACAAGGAUUGUUUUCCCACCCAAAUCCGCAUGCUUUCAAUCGGUAGGGUUUGAUGUUUUGUUGGACAGCAGUUCUGAAUGCACCAUUCCACAUAUAUUCACUGCCCAAGUAUGACCAUGACCUGAAAAGAGAUGAUAGCUGAACCAAUAGCCUCCAGAUCCUCAAUACAAAAAGAGAACUCAGUCACUGAUGUCACUUCCUCUGGUUCUGCGAAUCACAAUGGAAAUGAAAACAGACAAAAGAAUGUGAGAGGGAAGAGGAGGGCACGGGAGGUGUCCGAAAAUGCCAAACGCAGGUUCUCAGAGUCCAGGGGUGGCAGCCCUGGCAGGGCAGAACGCCACCAUCUUAAGAAUGGGGACAUCGAGGCCGUCACCCUGUUUGAGGUGGUCACUAUGGGGAGGAGCGCCAUUCAGGCUGUGGUGGAUGACUGGAUUGAGGCCUAUCAUACAGACAGAGACACUGCCCUUCUGGACCUCAUUAGCUUUUUCAUACAGUGCUCUGGAUGCAAAGGUGUGGUCACAGCUGAGAUGUUUCAAAACAAACAGGACACCGAGGUGAUGAGUAAAAUGGUGGAGGAACUUGAUGAGGGGUCUGGCUUACAGUAUAAAAAGUUCCUGGCUUUUCCUUGGAUUCUUACAGUCACAUGGCCUUUGGACAUGGACAGUGGGGAGUACCCCCUUACCAUGCCAGGCCUUUACUGGAAGAGGUUCCGCGGCAACUUCUGCGAGUUCGUGUCGGUGUUGGUGUCCCAGUGCCAAUACAGCAUCAUCUUUGACAGCCACCUGAUGGACACGCUGAUCUCGCUGCUGACUGAGCUGUCCGACUCCAGGGUGCGGGCCUUCAGACACACCUGCACGCUGGCAGCCACCAAGCUCCUGAGUGCCUUGGUGGGUGUGGCCCUGAACCUCAGUGUUAGUGUGGACAACAGUCAAAGGCUUUAUGAGGUGGAGAAAGGGAAGGCCCCUUCUAAACGAGCGGGGCUCCGGCUCGAGAAAAUCCAGGCUAAGAUCACUGAGCUGCAAGAGAAGAGGUGUGAAAUAGAAAACAUGAUGGAUGCCAUUUUCAAAGGAGUCUUUCUGAAGAGAUAUCGGGACGUGAUUCCGGAGAUUAGAGCCAUUUGCAUGGAAGAACUGGGGAUCUGGAUGAGGCUGUACAGUCCCGUGUUCCUGAACGACAGCUACUUGAAAUACUUGGGAUGGAUGCUGCACGACAAGCAACCUGACGUCCGUUUAAAGUGUGUGUUGGGUCUCCAGGGACUUUACGGCGAUACACUUUUAAACUCCAAACUGGACCUUUUCACAAGCCGUUUUAAGGAGAGGAUGGUGUCCAUGACUCUGGAUAAGGACCAUGAAGUGGCAGUGCAGGCUAUGAGGCUCCUCAUGGUCAUUUCUCAGUCCUGUGAGGACGUCCUGAGCACAGAGGACUGUAAGCACAUGUACCAGUUCGUCUACUCCUCCCACAGGCCACUGGCUGCCACAGCUGGGGAGUUCCUGUACACAAAGUUGCUUAGCGCUCCGACCGUCGCUGAGCCCGGAGAUGGGGCGUCAGAACUGGAUCGCCGCAAAAAUCUGGCGGAUGCCAGGGUCCAGGCCCUACUGCAGUUCUACAGGGAGAGUAAGCUCCAUCAGCAUGUGGUGUACCUGGUGGACAGCCUGUGGGACUCAGCAGGAGCUCUGCUGAAGGACUGGCCUUCUCUGACCUCACUGCUGCUCCACGACUCCCCCUCCUCAGAGCCUGGUCAGAGCAGCGCUCACACAGGUUUCGUGAUUGAAAUCCUGCUGGCAUCGGUGCGGCAGGCCGCCGAGGGCCCGCCACAGGCAGGGAGAGGCACGAGCAAGAAGGUGAUCAGUGUGAGAGAGAGGAAGGCCCAGUCUGAUGACUGCACGAGGCUGACCGAACACUUCCUGGUGGUGCUUCCCGACUUGCUGUCUAAGUACUCAGGUGACGUAGAGAAGGUGUCCUACUUCCUAAAAAUACCUCAGUAUUUCCAAAUGGACGCUGGUACCACUACGUGUUCUGAAAAGCACCUGAAGGCCUUGCUGACGCAGAUGGCUGCAGUGGUGGAGAUGCACACUGACGCCGCGGUGCUGGAGGCCGCCGCCCGCACGUACCAGGCCCUUUGCUCCGCGGACACGCCCUGGGAAAGCCUGGCGUCACCGGCCUGGGACGAAAUGGUCCGGCGCUGGGUGGGGAGGCUGGACACACUGCUGAGAGACACUGUGGAGAAGGAUGGCACAUUCACUGCUGAUGAAGUGCAGACUGAGGAGAUUUUAUCCAUCCUGAAGAGGGUUGCCGCUUUCCACAAUUCUCAGGACCUAUCCUCAUGGGGGCUCUACGACUCUGUCUCUCGGCUGCUCGGUGUAGAGGUCCAGCAUGGAUCUCUGCCUCCCGAGGUCACUGUGCAGGCCUUGCAGUGCGUGUGCUACGCAGUGCUGUGGCAGCUCAGCUCGUGUGGAGAGGGCUCGCUUUCCAGGGAGAAAGCCCUCGCCCAGAGGAACCAGCUCCGGGGUUUUUGUGAAAAGUGCCACCGCUGUCUCUCCCAUAGCAACCCUGCGGUGAAGGAACAGGCCUUCCUGUCACUGUGUGACCUCCUCACCGCUCACAGCUACCAGCUGCAGGCAUGGGACCACACAGCCGGUGCAGUCGUCCUCUACACCCCCGACCCCAAACUGCAGAGGGCGCUGUUGGCAUUCAUCAUGGAGCACGUUUUUACCGGAGUGGAGCUCGACAGCCAGAGCAGGGCCAGCGAGAGCGGCUCGGCCGUGAACAAGCUGGAGGACCUCCACAAGCGCAGGAACCUGCUGGCCGCCUACUGCAAGCUGAUCGUGCACAGCGUCCUGGAGAUGAGCAUGGCGGCGGAGGUCUUAAAGCAGUACAUGAAGUAUUACAACGACUUUGGUGACAUCAUCAAAGAAACCCUGAGCAGGACCAGGCAGAUGGACAAGAUAGAGAGCGCAAGGACCCUGGUUCUGUGUCUGCAGCAGCUGUUCCUCAGGUUGAAACAGGAGCAGGACAGUGGGAACACCUGCAGCUCCGGGGUCCAGACCUUCAGCAGCAUCAAGGAGCUGGCCCGACGCUUCUCCCUCACCUUCGGCUGGGACCAGGUCAAGUCCCGUGAGUCCCUGGCCAUGAUCCACAGGGACGGCAUUGAGUUUGUCUUCCAGGGAUUCGUGCAGAAGACGGAGCGGCACUCCCCGCCCUACAUCUCGUACCUGACCAUCCUCACUGAGUUCUCCAGCAAGCUGCUGAGGCCCGACAAGAAGACCGUAUACAGUUACCUGCAGAGGUACGCCGGAGAACAUACGGUCAACAACCGGGACGAGGCCUGGCUCCCCCUGGUCUACUACCGGGCGUCUCUGCUGGCCACGGCCGACGGGGAGGACGCCGUCUCCUUCAUCAGCUCCGACACCUUCAAGCAGCCCUCUCUGACCAACCGCUCCCGCUCCCCGUCAAUCAAGCAGCCUCCCUCUGACGGAGAGGUGCAGAGCGGUGCCUGGCUUCCCUUCAGGAGCCCUGACACGAGGACCCCUCCCUUGUCAGCGUCUGCAGAAGCCAAAGGGAAGAAAGCAGUCAAAUCCAGCACGAGCCAAGAGGGGGAGGAGGCGGAGCUGCAGGUCCCUGCCGUGACCCUGGAGGGGCAGCAGAAUGGCGCCAAUGAUGAUGUGGAUGUGGACACGGUGGAUGUUGACCUGUAGGCCGGCUGUUGAACGUUACCACAGAAGAGUACUCGGUUUGGAUGCUGAAACAACAUCAGGGAUCCAGUGUUAUAUUUGAGCUCUUGUCUUGACUCCUGCACUUUGUAAUGAUAUUAACCAGGAAUGCCCAAACUGUGGGCAGAUGGCCAGACUUGGCCCUCCAAGUUCUUGGCCCUUGAAAGGGGUAAUUAUUUAAAAAUAAUUAAAUUUAAAUUAUUUAAAUUUAAAAUGUUUUAAUUUGGAUGGGGUCCUUGAAAUGCUAACUAUGCCGUAGCAGGCUGAUUCAAAACAUUAUUUAUGAAAAAAAUUAAUUGAUAUCCAUAACUAAAGUGAAUCUCAAUCCCAUAUAAAUAUACUAGUAAUACAGCAGUGGCUGAUGCUGUAUUUGCAUAAAAAAUGGGCUCUAAAAUGCCACGCUUUGUACGCAUUAGGCCCUGAAACUUGAAUACUGUUAAAAAUGAUUAUAAAAAUUAUUGGAAUUUAUUUAUCUGGAAAUGGUGGCUCAUAAAGGGUCAUUGUAGAGAUUCUUGUUCUGCCUAUAAAGCUCAUAAAACUUUGGGCACCCCUGGAAUACAAAGGCCUCCAUGUGAUAUGUCGACUUUUGAUUUCUGCUCGGGGCAUGAAACUUAUUUUCUGUGUCCUGUGUCACAGGAGGCAUUACGGUCACAAAACUGGCUUAUCUCUCUCACGGUGUUCUGCUCAGACGAGUCUCACUGUAUUUAACAUUGUGACUCUGAGUGCGUACCAGACGUAAGCUAAGAGACGCCACAGGUCUCUCUGGAUAGUUCUUUAACGCAGGGCAUGGUUAGCCGCUUACCUGUCGUGCAGUCUGGACAAUACUUGUUGGUACUGUAGUUUAGAACUAACUACUGUGGUAAUUGUCAGUACUGUAAUUCUCAAGUUUUGGAUACUUUUCAAGUAAAAUGUGACCCAGACCAAGAGCAUUCAUUCAGAACCACGUCAGUUUAAGGCAGAUGUUAAUGGCACUUAAAUAAAAAUAUAUAUAUACAUAUUGUAGAUCUGGGAAGGAGGCUAGUUUUCUUUGUACAUGUAUUUAUACGGUGUAUUUUGAUACAUCACUGAAAUCCAUUUUGUCCACCAUAGGUGAAUUCAUUGUGACGUGCAGUAAAUAAAUGCCAAAUCUUAAUACUGUCCACCCAGCAAGCAAGCAGCUAUGGAGCUACUGUUCUUACCAGCUGUUGGUCCACCAGCAUUUUGCGUCCUCUUAACAGCUACAGUAAAUGUCAUCUGGACUGCCUUGACUCAGUUUUUUUAGCGGAUAGGUUACCCAUUACCUGUAUCGAUGGCAGUUGACUGCAAUAUGCUUGCUAGCUGGGCCCAUACCACAUUGCUAUUAUAUACAUGUCUUGCUAUUGUUUGACCAACAGUUGUAUUUAUAAAAGCAGCUCAUAAGCUCUGGAAACUGUUGAAUAGUUAGUUUGGUGAUAUACUGUGUCCCUCUCUGAAGUGGGAUUUAAACUCAGGACAUGGUUACUGGGUGCAUUUUAAAUGAUUCCUUUAUCAGUUUGUGAGCAGGAUUUUUUUUAUUUUGCAGUUAAAGCAAUAAUUUAAAUCUUUUUUAAUAUUUGGGACGAAUGUAUGGAUCUUCUCAGUUUAACCAUGAAAGGGUCUUUUUUUAUACCUUUGUCUUGAAUAUUGUACUCCUCUAGAUGGGUAUAACGGUAAUUAUAGAUAAUUAGUCAGGUGAUUUUUUUGUAUUGCAGGUUGAGUAGCAGCUUUUCUGGUUUUACGUGUAAUUUUGUUCCCAGAUUGCAGGGACCACACGGACAUCUUUACUUGACUGUUAAAAAGAAACUUAACAACUGUUUAUUUGUGCUUAUGGCAGCUGAUUUUAUAAAGUCGUGUGAAAAGGUGUCAUCAUGUGUUCAACAUUACCUUUUUAUGACGGUGCAUUUUUGUCUCAUGAGAAAAUGUGUUUAUUUUACAGAAAGCAGCCAAAUGGUGUGGUAAUUCAAUUUGAUAUAACCAUUGUGCAAAUGUCAACUGAAAAUUAAACACUACACAGAAAAUACU